GGGGAAAAGCGGCCAUUUCCGUCGGCUUCAUGAGUUCUUUUAGCUAGCUGUUGUGUUGUGUGUGUAAUUUGGCUUUCAUUCAGCAUGUCUUAUAAAUUAAACGCCCUUUAUAGCGACUCAUACGUUGAUGUAAGUCAGUACAGAGACCAGCACUUCAAGGGUAAUCGGCAUGAGCAAGAAAAGCUGUUGAAACAAAGCAGUACGCUUUAUGUUGGGAACCUUUCUUUCUACACAACAGAGGAGCAGGUGUAUGAACUUUUCUCCAAAAGUGGUGAUGUGAAAAGAAUAGUCAUCGGCCUCGACAAGAUCAAGAAGACCGCGUGUGGGUUUUGUUUCGUGGAGUACUACACACGAGCCGAUGCUGAACACGCGAUGAGAUUCAUUAAUGGAACCAGACUGGACGAUAGAAUCAUCAGAACAGACUGGGACGCUGGUUUUAAAGAGGGGCGGCAGUACGGUCGGGGCAAAUCAGGUGGUCAGGUGCGAGAUGAAUAUAGACAGGAUUACGACCCUGCACGAGGUGGAUACGGCAAAUUAGCUCAGCUUCAAAGGGGCUCAGACGGACAUCACAAAUUUUAGUCAUUCUUAAUUAACAGGGACAUUUGAAAAUGAAGAGGAGGAUUUUUUUUUUAAUGUUAAUGUACAUACAAACUACAGCAUAUUCGGAGGUUGCACAAAGGAAAUGACCAUCUCUACGAUUUGGUGAAACAGGCUGAUGUGGUAUACUGGGGUUACCUUUCAUUUUUGUAAUAAACAAUAAGGUCUUUUACCUUUC